UUUCCUAUCUCUAUGCCGCACUUGGCCCGAGCAGCCUCUCUUUGCUUCUCUCCGCAGAGAGCGAGUCGAGCCAUCCUCGGGGCAUGCAUGGCCUGUUAACUUAGACUGCAGUUGUGUUUGAAAGGAUAGGCUCAAAUAAAAAGGCAUAUAAUUCAGGUGGGCGUGGGGGAAGAGUCCUCUGACUUAUAUGAUCUAUGGUCAAAGAAUGUAUUGCGAAGAAAGACACAGCUGCUUAAAUUUUUAAAAAAUGUAAAACAUCCUACUCUGGAGUAAACAAACGACUUAAUUCAAAGCAAAGCAGGGCUCACUAGCACUUAAAUCUUGAAAUUCUAUUUUCAGUGUGGAUGGGGCAACAAUUGUUGUACACCAGGCCACUGAACUUUGCUGCUUUGUACUUACCUAGAAUGAUUUCAGCUUUGGUGAGAACAUGUACAGUGGAACCUUGGUUCUCGAACGCCUUAGUUGACGAACAAGUCGGAACCCAAACGCUGCAAACCCAAAGUAAGUGUUCUGGUUUGUGAACCUUUUUUGGAAGCUAAAUGCUUCCAUUCUGAGCGCUUCCGCUGAGGUCCCAAGCACCCACACAACUCGCUGGUGAUAUUUGGAGCUUAUAUUUGCCAAUUUUGUUUUUGCAACUUUGGCGAUUUUGUUUCUGUGAGUAUUUUGGUUAAUUUGUUUUUGUGACUUUGUGGAACCCAGCUACUGUAUUUUCAGGAGCACUCUUGCAAUUUGAUUGUGUGACUGUGCGAAAAUGGAUAAAAGUUGCAAAGGCAAGAGAACCAUUAACAGAGCAACAAUAGAGGUGAAGAAGCAAAUUAUUUCCAAGCAUGAAAGUGGUGUCCGUGUAAGUGAUCUGGCAACACAGUUUGGUAUGGCUAAAUCUACAAUUUGUACCAUCUUAAAAAAUAAGGAAGCCAUUAAAGGCGCCAAUGUUGCAAAAGGUGUUAAAACACUCACAAGGCAACGAACACAGACAAUUGAAGAAGUGGAAAAAUUGCUUUUAAUAUGGAUAAAAGAAAAACAGUUGGCCGGUGACAGCAUUUCUGAGAGCAUAAUUUGUGAAAAAGCUUUACAUUUGCAUGCUGACCUCAUCAGAAACACCCCUGGAGCAAGUGCUGAGGGUGAGAUUUUCAAGGCAAGUAGAGGUUGGUUUGAUAAUUUUAAGAGGAGAAGUGGCAUACACAGUGUGGCGAGACAUGGUGAAGCUGCCAGUGCCAACAAAUUAGAUGCUGACCGAUUUGUUUUGGAUUUUAAAGAUUAUGUUGAGUCACAGGGUUUCGUUCCCCAACAAGUUUUCAACUGUGAUGAGACAGGCCUCUUUCAGAAAAAAAUGCCAAAGAGGACCUACAUAACAAAGGAGGAGAAAUCAUUGCAAGUGAAUGGUGAUGAUGUGGAGGAGGUAGUGGAGGACCACAAGACUGAGCUCACCGCAGAAGAACUUCAAAACACUCUGGUGGAGCAGCAACAGGUGGCACGUGAGGAAAUAUCUGAGGAGGAGGAGAGCAGAGAAAUUGUAUCUACUGCACUGAUCAAAAAAAUGUGUGCAAAAUGGGCUGAAGUGCAAAGUUUUGUUGAAAAAUACCACCCUGAUAAAGCUGCUGCAAGUCGUGCCACCAACACUUUCAAUGAUAAUGCUAUGUCUCACUUUAGACAAAUUUUAAAACAUCGGAAAAAGCAAAUCUCAAUUGAAAAAAUGAUAGUGAGGAAAAGAAUCAGCAGGUCUGAACCAGGUGUCAGUGGUGUAAAAAAAGCAAGAGAAGUAACAGUAGGAGAGGAGUCACCGACUGCGAUUGUAGAAGAGGACCCCGACCCCCCAUCCAAACAAUGACUAUCAUCAGUGAAGCUUUACACAAACUGGUGCCAUGUCUAGCCCUGAACUGGCACUAAAUCUUGAAGGGGGGGGAAUGGACACCCCAAAAGUGGAUAACUUUGAGGUCCAUGCUGGAUCGCCUGGAAUGAGUGCUGAGGAUCCCCUUGACAGGCUGUCUGGUGGGAAACUGUCUGAAGAACCCUUUGAGCUGUCAGAGGAAGAGACUGAGCCAGCCCUCAGUCCUGAAUAACUCUGGCACCAAUUGGCCUGGGCACAGACUGAAGAGCAAUGACAUAGCAUGGGUCUACAGACCCAGACGUUGUACAUGGUAAGAAAUUGUUGGAACUCCUUUAUUACCAACAGCUGGGGUUAGGGUGUUAUGUAUGAGGCCACAGUAUAUAAGGUCUCACACAUUAGCCUUCUAGUUGUAGGAAACAACACAGAUCUCUCUUCUUGUUUGUGGGAUCCUUAGUCCUGCUUCCAAUUCCCUCACCUUGCUGAAUUCACUGUGAUGUUGAACUUGGGUGUAGUUUUGGAUCACAUUUUGGACCUAGUCUGAUUCUCUGUGCUAGACUUUGCCUCAAGACCAUAGCCCCCUGAAGGCAUGCCCUGCAGCACGACAGUUGUUUCAUUUAACCAGUGUCCUUAGUGAUUCAUAUCUAUCCACUGGUAUGUUGCAGAUGCCACCGCUAUUGCAUCGUUUGGUGUUAAACAGUGACCAGCAUCACAUGCUCUUUGACCUGAUAUAACAAUUCCUUGAGAUAGUCACAGAAGGAAACGUUUGCAGUGCAAUCCUGUACAAUUCAACUCAGAAAUAUUCCUCACUGCGUUCAGUGGGGCUUACAGGUAAAGGUCUAUAGGAGAGCUUUAACUAAACUUUAAUUCGUAAAGUAACACCCCUCCCCAAAAAGCCCCCUAGGUUUCAAAACUUAUUUGUUCAUUGUCAGUUCUUUUUCACAUUGUUUUGUGCGGCAACUUCUUUUUUAAUUCUACAGAAGUGCAAUCAAGGUUAUGGUUUGAA